AUGGACCCUCAAAGGACAAUAGAUAUUGCUCCAAAUCCAGAAUGUGUGACUGGCGCUGUUGCUUGUCAAUGUGAACUAGGUCGAGAAAAAUUACUUACAGCUCCACCCUAUAAAUGUACCUCUCGUGCCGUAGAAGAUGAGGCAAAAUCUCGUUUGCAAACAGCGCCCUGUGCUCGAGAAUUUGAACAAUAUAAAUGCCCAGUUAGUCACAUUCUCAUUCAUUUCAAAUCGCCUCUUCAUCCCAACGAAGUGUUCAACAAAGUCUUCCCAUCUAAUACCCCAAUCAAAUUAGUUAAAAGAAAAUUAGCAAAAUUACUAUCUGUAUCGAAUAAUAAUCUUCUAUUGACGAAAAAUAGGAACGUACUAAAAGAAACGUGCCUUAUUUCUGAACUAAAGACUAAUGCGCUAGGAAAUCUUAUGAUAGACGUGUUUACGAAGGACUCUGAGGAGUUUUCGCUAUCAUCUAUUCCGAAAGAAUCGUAUGUUCACGAACUGAUACAAACAAUGAUGCCAAAAAAGAAGACAAUGCCAUUUAUUGCUAUUAAAUUCAAAAUAAGAAAUCAAAAUGGUGUAUUCACUCGUUCCUACCAUUCAAUUAUGAAAGUACACGAAGUAAAGAAGAAUUUAGCAGGUGUCUUUCAAGUCGAUCCAGACAAUUUAGUAUUACUGCGGGAAGAACGCCCAUUGAAGGAUCGUAUGGCUCUAAUAGACCUAGACUACGAUAAGUAUGGAAUAGUAGAAGUGGAACUUCUAACUAAAAAUAAUGAGAAACUAGACGUAGAAAAGUUGUAUAAAGAGAUGCCCAUAAAUGAUGUUUUAACAGUUAUGGUGCCAUUCGGUAGUACAUUAAAACAUAUCAACGUUGAAAUAUUUUCGGAGUUAAUUAGGAAGCCUUUUCUUGGUGGCUACAGAAACGUGCACACAGGGGCGAUUUUUCAUCACGCCUAUACACAAACACCACAGAAGCCUGAAAAGCUACCUCCAGAAAAUAAAAAUUGUCGAGAUACUCAAACAGCAGAAAUGCGUGAAAAAAUAUAUGACACAAAUUACAGUCGUGCGACUCAAAUGAACACCGUACAUGCAUACAUACCAAGUGUCGCUGACCGAAUUAUUGUGCCGAAACCUUAUGAGACUUACGACGCUAUGAUCGCCAGAUUAAACCAUAAUUUCUAUGCUUCUAUAAUACAAAGAGCCUUUAGGCGCCACCAGUUCAGACAAAAAGUGAAAAAUUGGCUGAUGAUAUGCAUGGAAAGAAUUGCGAGGAUGGAAGAAGAGAAAAGAUUAGAACGCGAAGCUAUGGAAAGAAGAUUGAAAAAAGAUUUGGUUACUAAAACAUUUCCAAGGACACGUGAAGAUUUUGAUCAACUUUAUGCCAUGGUCGAUCGCUGGAAACAUGCUGAAAUAGCAAGAAUAUCUCGACUUCAUUCUAAAGGGCCUAAAAUAGCUGAAUUUACACUUUUAUUAGAUAAAGAAGUUGAACUUUUGCGAUGCAUCGAAGGUUACCGGGUUAAAGUAAAAGAGGAUAGCAAAAAAAUUAAGGAAAAACAAUUUUUAGAAGAAAUCUCUAAACCCGUCGCCUGGUAUGGACGAGAUGAAAAAUUAAUUACAAUGGAAACUGUUGAAAUUCAAAAAGCAAGGAAACUCAAAGAGCUCUACAACUCCUUUGUAAAGCAAGAUUUGGAAGGCAAAGAACGUAUCGAAUUACUCGUCGAUAUGAAAUUUGCCUUGCAAGAUUUCCGUCAUCCAUUAGCUGAAGAAAUUAUAACACUUUUGGAUAGGGAGUGCGAUCUGCUGGUCCGAAGGUGUAAUGAUCAUCAACUCGAAUUUUUAAGACGACGAGUAGCCGCUUGCGUAUUUCAGUUGAUUAAAACCUCUGAACUUAAUUCUGAAGUAACAAAAUGUAAAGAUAUAAGAGACUACAAAAAAAUGGAGAAUGAGAGAUUAUACUUUUGUGAGAUGUGUCACCAAGUUAAAUUGAAUACGGCUUUUCCCUUAAAUGCAAAAAUGAGCGGUUUUUUGGUCUGCACAUCUUGUUCGUGGAAAGACGUUUCGGAACGUUGUUGGAUAGAUAUGACUCCAUAUAAAUUUAUCUUGCGAACCGUGCAACGCGACGAAAGACGAAGAAAAUGUUGGGGAUCCUUAGCUUUUGUUCUGCAGGAGAAAGAUAUAUUUUUCAUUGUUGAAAAACUGUGGCAUUCUCAUUCCGCAAUCAGCGAAUGUAGGGACAUGACGGAGCUCAGAUUGUGUCGAUGGCAUGUCAAUGAGGACUGGUCCCCGUGGAACUGUUUCCUAAUCACAGUUCAAGAAAUGAAAGCACAUUUGAAACUAGAGCAUCCCGAAAUGGUUUAUGAUGAUGAACUCGUUCAAAAAGUGAAAAACAAACACAAGCUCGCCAAAGCAAACUUUGAACAACUAGUGACGGUAAACAAACGAAUCACAGAGAGUAGCGACUGGGCCGACGUCCGCGCUCCUGCGAUUGCUCGAGUAGACGCCGUCGAAAAGAUUUAGCAAUAUUUAUUGUGUACUGAAAUCAUGACCAUUGUAUUUACUCUUUUAGCUACUUUACAUU